AUGGAUUCCGACGGAGUAGUGGCGGACGAUGUAGAGAGUAAUACACCGGCUCCCGCUAAAGGGACUGCGCCAGUCGAGAGUGUGCCUGUGACAUUUUCUCAGGGCAGAGGGGCUAGAGAAGUCUACCUCCACAUGAUGAACGCAUGUCACCAUGAUUGCCUAGCAAACAUCUACACCACCACCGACGACCCUUUGUCCUUGAGACAAACCUUCCGUUUCAAGCUCAACAUUGUUGAAAACGAGUACCUGCUUCACCAAAUUCUGUUUCCCACGUUUACAAGACUCCGAAUCAACACAGCCUGUGUUGGUUAUCACAGCUUCAUUCAUGAAAUUCUCCAACGUGGACGAAGAAUGUCACAUUGGGUGCUUAGCAGCGGAAUUAAUUGUAAAGUGUUGCCUUUACGAUCAGUGAUACAGGCAUCCAUUUUGGAUCAUUACAAUGAUGGGAUUUUGAUGGGAAGAGCUUUGGCUGAAUCAGAAUCAGAGUUUGAAAACGUUAAUUACGGCAUGGUUCCGGCUAAAGAGUCCUUGGUUAAGGAGAUGCUGAAGACGGUAAGAAUAGAAGCUGGAGAUGAAGAAGACUGCAUGAUAUGUUUGGAGGAGCUCGAGGUUGGGUUUGAUGCUUUUCGGAUGCCUUUUUCUCAUACUUUUCAUGGUGAUUGCAUCGAGAAGUGGUUGAGGCCUGGCCAUUAUUGCCCUAUUUGCCGGUUUGAAAUGCCAACCAAUUAG